AUGGACGACUGCACCUCACUGCGCCAUCUGGUGCAAACGCACCCUCUGAUUGACAAUCAUGCUCAUAAUAUCCUUGGGCGCGAUGUCGCGACAGACUAUGACAGCUACCCCCUCGAGUCUAUUGUGUCUGAAGCUCACGGUCGCGCCAUGGCCAAUGCCAGCACGACACUUCCGAUGCUUCGUGCCGUGAAACAACUGUCAGAGCUCUAUGGCACUCCAACCGAGGAUUGGAACGAGCUUGUAGAGGCUCGAAACCGAUGGGUCAAGGAUGACUACGAGGGUCUGGUCCGACGGUCUUUAGAAGGCACCCACACUCUCCUCCUCGAUGAUCUUCUCACAGAGGAUGACGUCGAGGCUUACGAUUGGCAUGACCGCUUCACCACCGCCUCUACAAAGCGCAUUGUUCGCAUCGAGGCAGUGGCCGCCUCACUACUCACCGAUCUAAUGGGUUCUGAACGCAAACCCGACGAGACUGUGUGGGGUCUUUUCCGGCAACGAUUCCUUGACGCAAUCGACAAUGCAAUGGACGACCCAGCAGUUGUCGGGUUCAAAUCCGUGAUUUGUUAUCGUACGGGCUUGGAUGUCGAUCCUUACUCCGCAGAUGAAGAGGCUUUGACAGCCUCGUUGUACCGGACCUUGGACUCGGGGACGAGAAAAUCAGGCUACCGCGUCGAGGACAAGCCUUUGAAUGACUGGCUCGUCCAGCAAACGCUCAAGGCUAUCACUUUCAAGAAAGCUGCUCGCGUUGUGAAACCGAUUCAAUUUCAUACUGGCCUGGGCGAUAAUGAUAUUAGUCUCGUUAAGGCGAACCCCGCUUACCUGCAGCCUUUGAUUGCGCAGUACCAGAAUGCAGAUAUCGUUUUGCUGCAUUCUGCGUACCCGUUUACCCGUGAAGCGGGCUAUCUGGCUUCUGUCUAUCCUAAUGUCUAUCUUGAUUUGGGUGAAGUUUUCCCCAUGGUUAGCCGUGACGGACAGGAAAAGAUCCUUCGUCAGAGCUUGGAGAUUGCGCCCGUGAAUCGUCUUCUUUGGAGUACAGACGGACACUUCCACCCGGAGACCUUUUGGUUGGCUAAUCGUCAAUUUCGCCAGGCUUUGGAGAAGGUUCUUAUCGAGUAUGUGCAGUGCGGCGAUCUGAGCAGUGUUCAGGCAGAAACUGCCGCCAAGAGUAUCCUGUUUGAGAACUCCAACCGUCUCUAUCAGUUAAAUGCUUCUUUGAAUGACAAACCCUCUUCUUCUUAUUCCCUUCCCAUGUCGGUAACCCGUACCAAGCAAGCUGGCAACCCAUCACAUGACCAGCUUGACACUAUUUUACAAAAAUUCCCUGAUCUCGAGUACGUUUGGAUGCAGUGGAUUGAUUAUACUGCCACGCUCCGAGUGCGCAUCUUCCCCAUCGCAGAAUUUGUUCGCAUUGCCCGGAAGCAACGGCGGGUAGGUAUAUCACUGGCCGUCUUCUGGAUGUUACAGGACGACACAGUUUUACCCGAAGGGUCUACAACAGGACAAUUUUAUCUAGAGCCCGACCUAUCCAGUCUCUAUCAAAACGCGAGCAUGAAAACCUCCGCUUCGAGUGCGACGAUUAUGAAUUUCUGGCGAUCAGAAGGCAACGAGCCUAUAGAUGGCUGCCCGAGAAGUACACUAGAAAACAUUGUCCAGAAACUCCGCACAGAACACGAUGUCGAAGCUCUGUGCGGGUUUGAAAUCGAAGUAAUCUUUUUGAAACCCCGAAGGGAUGCCGAGGGAAGGAUAACCGACUACAUAGCAGCUACAGAAAAUCACUCUUGGUCACAAAUGACUUCCGAAACCCGAAAGACGAUUCCACUACUAGAACAAAUCCAUCAGACGCUGGCGUCAAUGGGUAUCAACCUCCAGCAAUUCCAUGCCGAAUCUGCGCCCGGUCAAUUCGAGUUCAUCCUUCCACCCGCGAAACCACUUGCAGCUGUGGACAUACUCUACGCCGCACGCCAGGUCAUCACGGCUAUUGCUGAUGAGCAUGGUCUCCGUGCAACCCUCCAUCCACGACCGUUCUCCAGCGGCGCAGGCAGCGCGGCACAUGCCCAUAUAUCGAUCAAUAAAGUCGAGCGUGAGAGCUCGUUCUUGUCGGGAGUUCUGACCCACUUUCCUGCCAUCGCAGCUUUCACUUUAUCCCAGGAUGCGAGUUACGAGCGCGUAAGGUCGGGUAUCUGGGCUGGCUCAGAAUGGGUGGCGUGGGGUUUUCAGAAUCGGGAAGCGCCAGUCAGAAAGAUCGGUGCGGGCCAUUGGGAGUUCAAGUCCGUUGACGGCGUUGCGAAUACGUAUCUUGCAAUGGCUGCUCUUCUUGCGGGUGGUUAUAUCGGAUUGAGCUCGGGUGCAGAGUUAAAAGUGAAAGAGUGUACAGUUGAUGCAUCAAAGCUCAGCUCCGCGGAGCUCGCGGAACUGGGUAUUACGACACCACUCCCUAAAUCCCUUUCCGAUAGUUUGGCUGCAUUGGAUCAGGACGAGGCGUUAAAAUACAUAAUGGGGCCUCGGCUCGUGAGCUAUUAUAUUAGUGUUAAGCAGGCCGAGUCUAAGCGCUUGAUGGCUAUGUCCCCACAGGCUCGCAGAAUUUGGUUACUUGAGAAAUACUGA